AUGCCGCCGGCAAUCGGAACGAGUUUUAAACCACAUCAACCUUACACUCAUCGUCUACGUAAAAUUCUUGAUGAAUACCCUGAUGGUUCACAGGUUCUUCGUGAAAUUCUCCAGAAUUCUGAUGAUGCAAAGAGUACCGAGCAAAUUUUCAUCUUGGACCAUAAUACUUAUUCAUCAAAUAGUUUAUUUAAACCGGAUUUGAAAAAAUAUCAAGGUCCUGCAUUAUUAGCAAAAAAUAAUGAAAUUUUUAAAGAUAGAGAUUUUGAGUCUUUGUUGAAAUUGGCUGAUAGCGAAAAAAGUAAUCAAUUUGAUAAGAUUGGAGAUGGUGGUGAAAAAUUCAAUUUUGUCGAGAAUAAUUUGGUUCAAGAAUAUCCUGAUCAAUUUGCUCCUUUUAGAAUCCAGUGUAAUGAACCAUUUAAUGGAACACCAUUUAAUGGCACCCUAUUUCGUUAUCCCUUUCGUACCAAUAACGAUUCGAAAAUUUCUGACGAAAUUUAUGAACCCAGCAAAAUCUUAAAAAUGUUUUAUAGAUUUUACGAAAAUAAUAGCAUUAAUAGCUUACUGUUUCUAAAAUUUAUUGAGAGUAUUACUUUUUACGAAUUAAAAAAAGGUGUUACUGAACCCGAAUUACUAUAUGCGAUUCAAUUGGAAAAUGCCGAUGAAAUUCGAGAACAACGUUGUUUGAUAACAAAAGAAAUUGUACCAAAGAUGAAUUCAUUACAAUUGGGUGAACUUGGAGUUAAUAAUCAAUUACAUACAUCCUACAUCGCAUCAUUCUGUCGUAAAAAAGGAGAUUUCAAAGAGAAUAACGCAUGGUUAAUUUUUAAUUAUCUUGAUGACUUACUUGAAGCCGAAGCACAUUUUCAAGAGAAUUUUAAAAGAAAUAUAGGAGACUACAAGUUCAUCCCUAACGUUGGUUUAGCCGUUCCCUUGAAUAAUUUACCAGCUACAGGAACGUUAUUUUGCUUUUACCACUUCCCAUUUGUUAGCACAAAUCGACGUUCUUUAUGGUCGGCUGCCGACGACGGUGAUCUGGCGACUAAUGCAUUAGCACUCCUGAAGGUUUCAUGGAAUCAAUAUUUAUUUGAAAAAGUCUUACCCAAAGCCUGGGUAAUAUUUCUUCGUGAACUCCCGCUUAAAGUUUCCGAUAUUAGGUCCGAUAAUCUUUAUAAAUUCUGGCCAAUAGUUAAAGGAGGUACAUCAGGCGACAUAAGUAUUUUUUGCAAGGAUCUGUUGCAGAAUGUUGUAGAAAAUCUUAAUGUUAAGGAUCGUGUAUUCAAAGGACCUCCUUCUUCAUAUGAUAUUGGAACGGUAUCUGAAGUUCCAGCAAAUUUAUAUGAUACAUAUUUACUCAAAGUAUCCGAAUUUCAUUGGUUAUCAAUUUCUAAUGGAUAUCUGGAAGAUGAGAAAGUGUAUAGCGAUUUACCUAAAAUAAUUGGAUUUCCAGUAAUAUCAACAUUUCUUGACAUAAUUAAAGCUUUGAAAGAUUCUAGACAAAGAUUUUCUUAA